UUUCAGAGUCGCCUGCAACUGGCCAUACUGUUGAUUUGGCUGUAGUUGCUCCGCUUAUUUUUAUUUUGUUUAGUAAUUUAGGAAAGUAAUAGUUUAAGAUCAAAGUGUUAAAACCGCAAUAAUUGUAAGUGUUGCAUGCGCUAAGAGCAACUGCUAAGUAACACUUUAGUUUUAGUAAACACACAAAGCGACGGAUUCUUAAGACCGCACGCGUGAAAUUGACCACUCUAUUCUUUUACUUACAUUUCGCUUUGCAACCAAACACCCACGCACACACAAUCACCGACUGCAGUUGAGAAAGCAGGAGGACACACAACAUAAGCAGCAACAACAACAAGUACACUAACGCUUUUGGCUUUGGUUCUGCACUCUUACCCACUCCCCAAAAAUCCGCCCAACUUACUGUACUUUCCCCAAACACUUCCAACCAACCGACCUACCACCCACUUGAUUUGACUCUGAAGAAACCCAAAAGCAAUGUCGGAUCUCUUUACCACUUUCGAUAGCAACGGCGUCGCCGAGCACCACCUGCACCACAACCACAACUCCACAUCGUCCGCCAGCGGACUGCUCCACGACCCACCCAUGGCCUCGCCCUCCCAGCACAGUCCGAUGACCAACAACAGCAACUCAUCCUCGCAGAACGGCGGACCGGUUUCCGGUUUGGGUACGGGAACGGGCCCCAUAUCUGGUGGUAGCAAGUCAUCCAAUCACACAUCAUCCGCCGCCGGUUCCGAGAACACUCCCAUGCUUACCAAACCGCGUCUCACAGAGCUCGUCCGAGAGGUGGAUACCACCACGCAGCUGGACGAGGAUGUUGAGGAGCUUCUGCUUCAGAUCAUCGACGACUUUGUCGAGGACACCGUCAAGUCGACGAGCGCCUUCGCCAAGCACCGAAAGUCUAACAAGAUCGAGGUGCGCGACGUGCAGCUGCACUUUGAGCGGAAGUACAACAUGUGGAUACCCGGCUUCGGUACGGACGAACUGCGUCCCUACAAGCGGGCAGCUGUCACGGAGGCGCACAAACAGCGCCUUGCCCUCAUACGGAAAACGAUCAAGAAAUACUAGAGGAUUGGAUCUAAUCGGGUCGAGGCUCUGUUUCGGUUUGCCGGAUUUCGCGUAUGCUAAACGUGCACACGCCACAAACUAAUUUAAGCUCCAAUUUAGAUUAAAUAACAAAUUAUCGUCGCUCUAUUGUAGAUUUAUUGUAAUAAAAGUGCACUAUUGAUUUCAC